AUGCGUCGAUUGCGUCAAUCUGACGCCGACGUCUUCUUCUACAAUCGCCCUAUUCCACUCUCUGAAAUUCGUGGAUUUCAUCGAGCGAGUGUCUCGUUUUCGCCGUCUUGGGAACACCGCCUAUCUGUUCAUGAUCCAUCAGCAGUAGGCUCCUCCUCAAACCAUCUGAUGCAUCAUCAUCGUGCCAGUGGGUCUCGAACCGACAUGUCGACUGAUGAUGAGACACGGAAUAGUCAGCAAGGUUUCGUGUUGGAAUGUUAUGGUUUCGAAACGUCCGGUGUUGGGAUGUCAAGGUUGCCAAAUGUCUCGGUUUCCAAACGUUCCGGAGCCAAAUUUCCAGCACUUUCAAUGCUGAAAGCUGCAUGUGUUGUAGUUCUGCUUCCUAUGCAUGACGAACCAUCCCGCCCGACAGUCGCCUCCUCUCUCGCCUCGAACUCUCGUCGCGACUUGAGCCGUAGUCAUUCGGAGCACGGUGCCGAUCGUGGAUCGAGCAAAGUGAACAAGAACAUCAAUCGAUUCUCAAACUUUGUAAAGUCCGGUGUCGAAGCGUACGUCAUCGGCGAGUCAAAGACGUCGAGUCCGAUUUCCGAAAGACACGAAGUGAUUAUGAAUAAUGGAAUAAUUCAAUGGAAACCAAUUCAACAAUACUAUCAUUGUGUCGUCGAUAAACCGAAGAAAGAGUCAAAGUUGAAGGGAUUGAAGAGUUUCAUCGCCUACUCGAUUACCUCCAGUUUGACUAAUAUUCAGGUAUCCCGUCGUUACAAACAUUUCGAUUGGCUCCACGAGCAACUCUCCGCCAAAUACAUCUUCAUUCCGAUCCCACCACUACCCGAGAAACAAGUGGCCGGACGGUAUGAAGAGGAUUUGAUCGAUCAUCGAAAGCAUAUUCUUCAAUUGUGGGUUAACAAGAUUUGCCGACAUCCAGUGUUGAGUCAGUCGGAGGUCUGGCUCCAUUUCAUCAGUUGCACCGACGAAAAAGACUGGAAAAGCGGAAAACGACGAGCCGAGAAGGACGAAUACAUUGGUGGAAGUUUCCUGAAUUGUAUCCAAGUGCCACAACAACAAUUGGAGCCAAACAGUGUUGAUCUCCAAAUGGAACGAUUCCAGCGAAGUGUGAAGACGUCGGAGGAGGCGAUGCGUGUGAUGCAAGAGAGAAUGAACAUGUUCCAGAAGGUCUUCGCUGGUCCGGUGAAACAAAACUGGCAAAAGAUGGGCAGCGCGUUCAAGACACUUCAACAAUCGUUCGAAAUCGAUGAGACUGUUGCCAGCCGUCGUCUCACUGAUGCUCUCGCUCACACUGCAUCAGAAUACCACGAAAUCGGACAGGUGUUCGAUGCUCACACGAAGAAUGACAUGGAACCAGUGUUGGAGAAUUUGUAUUCUUAUAAGGGAACUGUUCAGAAUGUUCCAGACAUUCUUCAUGUUCAUAAGCAAGCCCUCCAAAAGUACCGUGACAGUGAGGGACGUUUGUCGGCGGUUGAAGCGGAGAAGAUGCGUCAACGAAUGGAUACGAUGAGCUACGCGGUGAUUGCUGAAAUUCAGCAUCAAACGGCUGAAAAAGUGGAGGAUUUGAAGUCGACGAUGGGUACUUAUUUGAAGAGACAAGCCGCGUUCUAUCAGGAUGUCGCUAGUAAAUUGUCAUCACUUUCUGCUAGAUAUGAUUGA